AUGGUCAAUCCAAGGAUACGGCAGCCAGUUGGAGCCCUACUCACAAUCCCCAAGCAGCAGCCACGGCCCUUGUCUGCUUUCGAAGACUUCAAUGAAUCAUCAUACACACCCUACUCACGCCCAACUAGCUUCUCCUCUUCGUCUGAAGCUUCAUCUCCUCGAUACAACAUGACGGGUCGCCCACCGACCCUCAACGAGAUUCUUCUCGAUACCGCCCCUCCGCCAUGGACACUGAGUGCCUUCAUGGCCUACCUCUCCCAAAACCACUGCAUGGAGACGCUCGAAUUCACUCUUGAUGCUCAGCGCUAUGCCUCCGUCUACGAACAGUCCCUCGCUGACGCCACCUCUGCGGAUGACGGCAGGGAGAGGGUUUGUGCAUGGUGGGAGAAGCUGAUGCAGGUCUACAUAGUCCCCUGCGCCCCUCGCGAAGUAAACAUUCCUGCUCAGGUUCGAGAUCGCCUCCUUCGCGUGCCCUAUGGCCCCAACCCCCCUCACCCGUCCGAGCUGGCUGAAGCUGGACGCAUCAUCUACGAACUCAUGAACGACUCCGUUUUGGUUCCUUUCUUGCAUGGCGCGGAUGUCGAGCCCUUGUCAGCCGAUAGUGAAGGCAAUUCACCGUCAGUCACGGAACCCAUGACACCCCCUACCACGCCGCCUACCUCAGAGUGGACUUUUAGUGCCACGCAUGGUGGCUUUCACCGUGCCGUAGCAGCGCACAACAAGGGUUGGAAAAAGGUUGGCGCAAAGCUGGGCUUCAAUCGCAAAAGCUCUAAUCGGAGAACAACACCUACAUCUUCGGGACCCGAGUCUGGAGAAUCGAGCUACAACCCCAGCAGCAAUUCAUCGUUUUGA